CUAUUUUCAGGUCUCUCCAGAGGUGUUCGAUCGGGUUCAAGCCCAGGCUCUGGAUGGGCCUCUCAAUGACAUUCAUAGACUUGUCCCGAAGCCACUCAAUCUAAGGUCCUGGCUCUCAAGAGAAGACAGGCUACGACGGCCUCUCUCAAUAUUAAGAAUUCGCUCACUGAUUCAUUCUCUCUCUCUAGGCUACCUGCUACCCUCUCUCUCUCUCUGUGUUACCUGCUUCUCUCUCUAUCUCAUCAUCACUGUCCCUCUCUCUGACCUUCAUCACUGUCCCUCUCAGACCUUCAUCACUGUCCCUCUCUCAGACCGUCAUCACUGUCCCUCUCUCAGACCUUCAUCACUGUCCCUCUCUGACCUUCAUCACUGUCCCUCUCUCAGACCUUCAUCACUGUCCCUCUCUCAAACCUUCAUCACUGUCCCUCUCUCAAACAUUCAUCACUGUCCCUCUCUCAGACCUUCAUCACUGUCACUCUCUCAGACGUUGAUCACUGUCCCUCUCUCUGACCUUCAUCACUGUCCCUCUCUGAUUUUCAUCACUGUCCCUCUCUCAAACCUUCAUCACUGUCGCUCUCUCAAACCGUCAUGACUGUCCCUCUCUCAGACCGUCAUCACUGUCCCUCUCUCAGACCUUGAUCACUGUCCCUCUAUGACCUUCAUCACUGUCCCUCUCUCAGACCUUCAUCACUGUCACUCUCUCAGACGUUGAUCACUGUCCCUCUCUCAGACCUUCAUCACUGUCCCUCUCUGACAUUCAUCACUGUCCCUCUCUCAGACCUUCAUCCCUGUCCCUCUCUGAUUUUCAUCACUGUCCCUCUCUCAAACCUACAUCACUGUCCCUCUCUCAGACCUUCAUCACUGUCCCUUUCUCAGACCUUCAUCACUGUCCCUCUCUCAAACCUUCAUCACUGUCGCUCUCUCAAACCGUCAUGACUGUCCAUCUCUCAGACCGUCAUCACUGUCCCUCUCUCAGACCUUCAUCACUGUCCCGCUCUCAAAACUUCAUCACUGUCCCUCUCUGACCUUCAUCACUGUCCCUCUGACCUUCAUCACUGUCCCUCUCUCAAACCUUCAUCACUGUCCCUCUCUGACCUUCAUCCCUGUCCCUCUCUCAAACCUUAAUCACUGUCCCUCUCUCAAACCUUCAUCACUGUCGCUCUCUCAGACCGUCAUCACUGUCCCUCUCUGACCUUCAUCACUGUCCCUCUCUCAAACAUUCAUCACUGUCGCUCUCUCAGACCGUCAUCACUGUCCCUCUCUCAGACCUUCAUCACUGUCCCUCUCUGACCUUCAUCACUGUCCCUCUCUCAAACUUUCAUCACUGUCCCUCUCUGACAUUCAUCACUGUCCCUCUCUCAGACCUUCAUCACCGUCCCGCUCUCAAAUCUUCAUCAAUGUCCCUCUCUGACCUUCAUUACUGUCCAUCUGACCUUCAUCACUGUCCCUCUCUCAGACCUUCAUCACUGUCCCUCUCUGACCUUCAUCACUGUCCCUCUCAGACCUUCAUCACUGUCCCUCUCUCAGACCUUCACUGUCCCGCUCUCAAACCUUCAUCACUGUCCCUCUCUGACCUUCAUCACUGUCCCUCUCUCAGACUUUCAUCACAGUCCUUCUCUCAGACCUUCAUCACGGUCCCUCUCUGACCUUCAUCACUGUUCCUCUCUCAGACCUUCAUCACUGUCCCUCUCUGACCUUCAUCACUGUCCCUUUCUCAGACCUUCAUCACUGUUCCUCUCUCAGACUUUCAUCACUGUCCCUAUCUCAGACCUUCAUCACUGUCCCUCUCUCAGACCUUCAUCACUGUCCCUCUCUCAGACCUUCAUCACUGUCCCUCUCUCAUACCAUACUGGAGCUGAGUCAGCGUCCCUGCUCCCUGACACGGACAUAGAUUGUAUUUAGCCAUUGUGUGUCAUAACCUUAACAUUAUCAUUAAUAGUAUCUACAAAAGAGGUUAUCCUCAACAUUAUAAUUCAUAGUAUCUACAACAGAGGUUAUCUUCAACAUUAACAUUCAUAGUAUCUACAACAGAGGUUAUUCUCAACAUUAUAUUUCAUAGUAUCUACAACAGAGGUUAUCUUCAACAUUAACAUUCAUAGUAUCUACAACAGAGGUUAUUCUCAACAUUAUCAUUCAUAGUAUCUAUAUAACAGAGGUUAUCGUCAACAUUAACAUUCAUAGUAUCUAUGGAAGGUUAUUCUCAACAUGAUCAUUCAUAGCAUCUAUAUAACAGAGGUUAUCGUCAACAUUACUAUUCAUAGUAUCUAUAUGAGGUUAUUCUCAACAUUAUCAUUCAUAGUAUCUAUAGAAGGUUAUUCUCAACAUGAUCAUUCAUAGUAUCUAUAUAACAGAGGUUAUCGUCAACAUUACUAUUCAUAGUAUCUAUAUGAGGUUAUCCUCAACAUUAUCAUUCCUAGUUAUGCUCCAACCAUGGAGAGAUAUAGGUUACCAUUCUCCUACUGAUCUGUUUCUCCCACUAGGUCUAUUACAUGUUUUUAUUAGAUCCAUGGUAUGUUACUGAACAACUACUAUUAGGCUAUAACAUGGAAUUAGAAGAUUGCCUGUCCUUAACCCCCACUGGGCACACUGGUUGAAUCAACAUUAUAUCCCUGUCAUUGAAAUUAAAUUACAUUGCAAAGUAGAAUAUAAUUGAAUUCUGUGCCCAGUGGGCCACUUUUUCACAGUUUAGUCAUGUAACCACAUUUUAAAUGACAGGAAGUUGAGAUUCUUUUGAUUUCACAGUGUGUAGACAGACCUAUGAUCAUUAUUAGCAGCAGUUCGAGACGAAUGUUUGAAGCCCUGUAGCAUAGCCCAUUAUGUACAGUCCAGUUCUCUACAGUUCUAGGUGUUGGAUUUCAGUCUGAUAAAAUGGGAAUUUCCGAUAUCGUUAGAUAGUCUUUGUUUUUGCUCUUAGUUGUUUGUAUAUCUGUUAUCGCACCGCUCCACUCUGGCGGGGGUCCGUCCGACGCUGCAGUUAUUUUUUACAGAGCGCGCAAGGAACCUCCACUUGUCCUACGUCACAACACGUAACGUUACACGGGUUUCUUCUCUUUCUGCUGCAGAGUUGAAACAAGGUGUCGGGUUAAGACGGCACGACUAUAAAGGAGAGGGGCAGGCAGGCUGGACACAACCAAAUAGAUAGACCGUCUGAAAGUAAGGAGAAUAUCGGAAUUUUUAGGCUAAACACAUCUCAACUUUUUAUUCCCAGCGGUGCAUUGUGUUUCCAAACGAUGUUCUCUUUAAUAUGUAUUUAAAUGGAUAACCAAUAGUUCAUGUAUUAAUAUGGGAAUUGUAUUUUUCCCUUGUUCGUUUCUGUUAAUUGGAAAUAGUUUAUUUAUUUUCUAUGUUUGCGUUGCAAAGUGGAUUGUAUUUACCACGAAGAUGGAUAAAUGUCUGAUUUGAUCAUAUCUGUACUUUUAGGUGUUGAAACAACGAGUGGCAGAAUGACGGUUUGUUGUGAGUCGUGUGAAAGUCCAUGGAGCAGUGAGCGCUGCUCCUCUCAUCUGUUCAGCGGGGAGACAGAAAGCCGCCUGGGACUCUGCAAGAGAUUCAGGUCUACUAAGGGAGCGUCUAAAGCCAGGAGGGACCAGAUCAACUCUGAGAUCAGGAACAUGAGAACUCUGCUCCCCAUCCCUCAGGAGGACCAGGACAGACUGUCAUACCUCCACAGCAUGGCGGUUAUCACAGCAUACAUCAGGAAGAGCUUUCUGUAUAAGGGAUUAUCAGCUGAUCAGAGUCGUCUCUCCUCUUCCUCCUCCUAUCCUCUGUACGAGACCUUCCUCCCAGCCGUGCAAGGUUUCAUUCUGAUCCUCUCCUCCCGGGGCAGGCUGGUCUACGUCUCUGAGAACGUCUCUGAUUACCUGGGGCUCUCCAUGGUUGAUGUUCUUCAGGGAGACACAUUCUAUGACCUGGUGGAGAGUCAGGACGUGGAGACAGUUAGAUCUAACCUGGAGACAGACAACACAACGUCAACUGCAGAGAGGAGUUUUGUGUGUCGGAUGCACACCUCCAAGGCCUUCAGACUAGAGUACGGUAACUGCUGUUCUAUAAUGGUCCGAGGACGCUACCAGACCAUCCCACAAUCCCCCCAGUCCACGCCCACAUCCUCCCCAGACCGUGGCCGAUCUGGCCUCCCUGUGGAGAGGGUGUUCUUGGCUCUCUGCACACCCACAGUGAACCACCUGGGCAACAGAAUCUUCUCCUCCUGCUCCUCCUCCUUCACCAGCCUCCAUAGACCAGACAUGAGCUUCAGUCACCUGGACGAAAGUGUUGUGUUUUACUUGGGCUACUCAUCGGAGGAGCUGAUUGGUCGAUCGUGGUACAGCCUCCUCCACCCUGAAGACCUCUCCUUGAGUGCCUACUCACAUAAGAGUCUGAUGCAGGCAGACGAGGGUAGGCAGGUGGAGAUGGUUCUGAGGCUCCAACACAGCGACCUCUCAUGGUCCUGGAUCUACACUAGAGCCGCUAAGCAUUCUGGGAACCAGGAAUUGAGCUGCUGUAACUACAUUAUCAGUGAAACAGAAGCCAUGUAUCUGAGGAAAAACAUCCACAGCGAUGCUUUCAGAGCCUCUCCUCCUCAGCCCUACUGCCCCUCUCCCACCCCCCAGCUGACCCAGAGCUGUUGCCCCACCAGGGACCUAAAGAGACAGAGAGAAUUCAGCCAGUGCAGUAGUAUAUCUGAGACUGAGAACAGGUCUAAGACCAGUAGGAGACAGAGAGCAGAGUCUAAUGCUGUGUUCUACGUGACAUCAUGUAGCUCCUCCUCCCAGGCCUCACCUGUCGCCGCCUUCUCCACCCCUCCCUACAGCCCCACCUCCUCCCACUACAACUCCUCCCUCUCUCCAGCACAGCAGGACGACACCAGCUCUGACUCUCUGUUGGAUGUGUAUGGCUACACAGAGAACUUAACCUCCUACUACCAUUGCCCUGAGGGAGGGACUGAGGUAGGGACUGGGCCUUCCUGCCUCCUCUCCCCCUCUAGGUCCUUCCAGCCCGGCUCGGAGCAGUCCUUCCACCAGGGUAUCUUCAGCCAGACUGACGCAUUCUCUCCUCAGUCCUGCCCUUCUUCUCCCCAGCAUGAUUGCCCAGCAUGCCCUGCUGAUGCCCGGCUGGUCCCUGACUGUCUAUCUGUAUCAGACCUGUUAGAGAGUUCAGCAGACUGCCCCAUCACCAUCCAUACUGAAGACUACAGCCUCUCGGUUCAGCCACAAGGUGGUGCCACCAGUCCAUACAGCCUCUCGGUUCAGCCACAAGGUGAUGCCACCAGUCCAUACAGCCUCUCGGUUCAGCCACAAGGUGGUGCCACCAGUCCAUACAGCCUCUCUGUUCAGCCACAAGGUGAUGCCACCAGUCCAUACAGCCUCUCGGUUCAGCCACAAGGUGAUGCCACCAGUCCAUACAGCCUCUCGGUUCAGCCACAAGGUGAUGCCACCAGUCCAUACAGCCUCUCGGUUCAGCCACAAGGUGAUGCCACCAGUCCAUACAGCCUCUCGGUUCAGCCUCUAGGUGGUGCCACCAGUCCAUACAGCCUCUCGGUUCAGCCACAAGGUGAUGCCACCAGUCCAUACAGCCUCUCGGUUCAGCCACAAGGUGAUGCCACCAGUCCAUACAACCUCUCGGUUCAGCCACAAGGUGGUGCCACCAGGACAUACCAGAGCCACCAUAUACCUCAAACUGUCGCUCCUCCUAUUGGAGGCCUGCUGACCCCUAACCCCUCCCCGACCUCCGACCUCUCCUUCCUCUACAGUGACAGAGACAAGGUAGAGAUCAGUAUCCUAGCCCAGCAGAUCUCCUCUCUGGCCUCCAGCUUCGACCUGUUCAACACCCUGAGCCCCAUCCAGACCCCACGUCAGCCCAGCUCAGAACCCCUUCCCUGGGCACAGCUCCCAGGCCACUCCCCUGUCCCCCUCCGCAUCAAGCCAGAGCUGGUCCUGGAUGAGGGAGUGUUUGAUAGUCUCCUGAAGGAUCUGAGCAUGGUUCAGGGACCUGGGAGUCUGUCUCACUGCUACCAACCUCAGGACCCUUCCACCCUGGCUCUGUCUUCUCUAGUGGACCCUCUAUCCAUGGAGCAGUCAUCCCGCUCUCUCUCCCUCCCCCUGGAACUCCCCUCAUCCCUCUCUCUCUCCCUCCCCCUGCAACACCCCUCGUCCCCCUCUUUCUCCCUCCCCCUGGACCCAUUUCACCCUAACCUGGAUCCCUUCUCUCUGAGGACAAGCUGUCAUAAUCAGACCUCUGAGUUGCAUCAACUCAACCUGCCCCACAGUCUGCAUCAAGAUGGGCUUGUUGAAGAAUCCAUGUACUGAUGUGAGUCUAAAUAGACUUACAGUACUAGCCCUCGUAUGGCAUAUUGUCAUGACUACCAAGUCUUCCAGCCAGAGUCCAAAAUGAAGACUUUUAAAAUAAUAAAUACCAUUUAAAGACUUCUACAAUAUUUAGUAGUUGGUACUUUUCAAGGGAGCAUGUUUCCCAAAUAUCUAUUAUUUUUGUAAAUUAAAUUGUGAUGAGAGGAAGUGAAUGUUAUCCAGUGGACCAAACUGCUGAGGAGCUUGUUACUAUGUUGUUGUUGUGUUAACUAUAUUGAUACCUGUUGAAUGCUGUAAUUCACCAUCUGUGUUGAUGAUGAUGUUGUCCUGAUUCUGGUAGCAUUGUACUGCACUGUUACCAUCUAGAAAACUGACGAUCAGAUAUGUAGAAUUGAUGUUUCUGUGAAUGUCGAGGGACCGUGAUGAUGAUUUACUACUGAGCACUUUCUGGAUGUGUUUGAGCUUUUUGAGAUAAUGUCACAUGUGGGACGCGACGUGGAGACCUCCUCCCAGAGGAGGUUGAAGCAGAAUAGUAGAUUCUAAAAUGCGACCCAAAUGACACACAAUUCCCUGUAUAGUGCACUACUUUUGACCAGAGCCCUAUGGAGAUAUAGGGUGCCAUUUGAGAAACAUCCAUAGGUGUUAAAAAGAUAAUGAAGUAACUACCUCAGUAAUGCCACUACAUUCAUUCCUAGCCUGAAACUACUGUUUAGUAAGUGUGUGUAUUUAUUGGUAGAGUUGACUGUUAUACAUAUUGUUUCAUUCCCGUGUUUGUCUACUAGUUGUGCUACUGAAAACUCUUUGUUUGUAACCAUUGGUAACCAUUAUUCAGUACAUUUGUCUUGAAUACAUAUGUUGUGUUGAUAAAAUUAUGCUUGGUUGGAUGUAAUUGUACAAAAGCAAAGUAUUUUUGCAAUUGGUUUUCAAAUUUUUAAAAUGCAAGUUAUUAAAACGCAUAAAAUAUGAUUGUGAUAUCUUAGUUAUGACAAAAUAAAAAAGCUACAAGACAAGAUAUGAUCACAA